CGUUUUUAGCGAGGGCAGUCGCACCUUACGGCUAGCGGUGAAUGUUUCCAGCUGGUUGAACGAUACGUACAGUGAUUGCAAUUCGUUGAGCCCGGCGAGACCGGCCAAAUCGAACGUGGUCAGCCGGUUGUAGUCGAGAUCGAGCACUUGCAGCUGGGUGUACUUCGUCAAAUCCCACGGUUGUUUGUGGAUGCGGUUUUUAGAUAGCAGUAGCGUUUUAAGACUCGGUGCAUCGAGCAGCAGUAGAUCGAAUAGUGUGAGAUUGUUUUGAAUCGCUUCGAUCGAGCCGAGGGCGGGCAGUGUCACUGGAGCGGACGAGUACAGCCGUUGAAGAUUACAUUCCCGAAUGCUUAGCGUUGUCAAGCGUUGUAGCUGCCGCAGACUGUUGAAAUCCAGCUUGCACCCAGCCACUGAAUGGCACAUUCCGUGUGCAAAACGUUUGCGUUCACAGCAAUGGGACGCUAUUCCUCCGUGCUGUUGCUGACACUGGCAGUAAUUGGGUUACCAUGCCUACCCGUAUCGCUCGCUGUUGCCACCUGUACACCGGGCAUGGCGAUGACCUGUAUGCUGCCCAAGCUCAACAUGCUAACGGACGGCUACACCACACUUCGCAACAUUCCACCCGACACGUACUACAGUGUGCGGGUUGAGAUGCUGCACCUACCGAUCAGUCCCUCCGGCGCCUUCCUAACCCGCAUGUCCGAGUUCUUCAGCAAGCUGGAGAUGUACGUAUACCACGAUCCGGUGUUUCAAAUCGCACCCGGAACGUACCUAUCCAGCAUUAAGGUGCUGGAAGCUCCAUCCUUGAAGCAGCUGCUUGUCGGUGCCGGUGAUAACAACGUUACCGAGUUCCUUAUCUACACCUGCGGACUGGAACGCAUCCCUCAGACGAUCGGCAAUUUGCCCCUGCUGGAAGACCUUACCUUCUCGGAGUGUGCACUGCGUAACUUCUCGCUCGGUGCGUUCGGUCAGAACCGUCGCUUGCGGAUACUCGAUCUGAGUCGCAAUCAAAUCGAGACGAUCAUACCCACGACCCGCGAAAUGCCACAGGCGAUCGAGUCUCUGUACCUAUCCUCGAAUCGGCUGGAAAAUCUCGACAUGUCCGCAUUUAUCGGGCUGCCCAACCUUUCGAUGAUUGAUUUGAGGAACAACAACCUCGCGAAGAUAGCGUCCGAGCAAACGGUCACCUGGUCCACCAUGGAGAUGCUGGACGUGAGCUACAACCGUUUGCGCACGAUCGAUCUGCAGUGGCUGUCGGCACCGAACCUGAAACGGUUGAUCUUGAGCAACAAUCUGUUCGAGAAGAUACCGGAACGGUUACGGCGCUUCCCCAAUCUGCAGCUGCUCGGCAUGGGCGAUAACAGGCUGGCGGGCGUGAUCGAUCUUGCCCCGCUGAACGGGCUGCCCGAGCUAAACUCGGUCGAUCUGUCCAACAACCCGACGGCGAAGGUUCUGCGCAGCUCACGCCCUAUCCGUCUGCCCGUGCUGGACUCGCUGUACGCGGAGUACUGUUCGCUGAAUCGGUUCAACACGUCCGGCAUUGAUCUGCCGGUGGUUAGCUUCAUCAGCUUGGCGCACAACAACUUCACCGCGGUGGCCCCGUUGGGACAAGCAUUCCCCUCCAUUCAAUCGUUCAGCUUCUACGACAAUCCGAUACCGUGCAGUGUGUUGAAGGCUCGCGCGGAGCUGAUACUGUCGGGGAAGUUGAUCAUGGGUAUACCGCCCCUGUCGGUGAGCGAUUGUGCGAGUGGUUCGAUCCAGAUCUCCCCGUCGCUGCUGCUGUGCUGUAAAGCUUAAGGCUACCCAUGGGUGACAUCUUCAACGACAAUAAAAAAAGGCUUCCUCAAAAGGGUAUCGUCGACG